AUGGAGGACACAACUCGACUGACCACUGUUAAGAAUGCCAAUGGAACAGUCUCGAUCAACCAUGAUUCUUAUGAUGAUGAUGAAGAAGAAUUUGCCUUCCUACCAACUUUGGAGAAAAGGCUGGGCAUCCUCUUCAUGGUCAUCUGUGGUGUUGUCUUUCUGCUGGGCGUCACUGGGAAUGGGCUGGUCAUUUUCAUCACCGGCUUCCGUAUGAAGAAGACGGUCAACACCAUCUGGUACCUCAACUUGGCCAUCGCCGAUUUCACCUUCACCUUCUUCCUCCCACUGAGCAUUGUCUACCAGGCCCAGGGCUUUCACUGGCCUUUUGGCGAGGCCAUGUGCAAGUUCAACAGCACAUUGACCUUUGUCAACCUUUACGCCAGCAUCUACUUCCUCAUGGUCAUCAGCAUAGACCGCUGUAUUUCUGUGAUAUGCCCUGUGUGGGCAAGAAAUCACCGGAGCCCCUGCCUGGCUUCCUUUGUGGCUUUGGGGGUUUGGAUCUGGGCCAUAGUGUUGGGUUCGCCACAUAUCUAUUUCAGAAAGUCCACGAAAAAUGGUGAUCAGAUCAAAUGCUACAUUAAAUACAGUGACAAUAAGGAGCAGGCAAAAGUCACCCAUCGUGCCAUGGUUAUGAAUCGCUUCAUCUUUGCCUUCGUGAUCCCUUUUCUAGUCAUUAUUGCUUGCUACGCGGCCAUUGUUUUGAGGCUGAGGAGGGACCGCUUGGCCUCCUCCAGCAAGCCCUUCAAGGUCAUCACGGCGGUGAUCCUGGCCUUUUUCAUCUGCUGGCUCCCCUAUCAUGUUGUCUCGUUCUUGAUUAUUCAAACUUACGAGGAUCACAGACUGCACCUGCCACUCAUUAUUGGUGUUCCUCUAGCGCACAGUCUGGCCUUCAUCAACAGCUGCCUCAACCCCAUCCUGUAUGUCUUCAUGGUGCACGAUUUCAAGAAAAAGCUCAAAAGCUCCAUCCUUUCGGUAUUUGAGAAUGCCUUUGCCGAGGACGUCACCCAGAGUACGACUCAAACAAAGACCACAUCCUCAGUGGAGCUGGACUACCCUGACUUAUGA